AAAAUUAAAUUUACAGAAUGACAUAAAUUGUCACUUGAAAUUAUUGUUUUGUCCAAAUUUUAGUUUCCGCAGUCUAUACAUCCGACAUGACUAACCGCAUCAAGAGGGAACUAGCCCAUGGAGAAGACUACAGAUAUGAGAAGAGCAAAGACCUGGGUCAACCCAUCUUACCUGUCGGAUCACCUAUGGACAUAACUUAUUUUAUCCAUAGGAAGAGACAGGUUGAAAGGGUUGUUGAGACAAUCGAAACACCAUCGACAGCACCCCACCAACGAUUGGGAUCUAAAAGUGGUUGCAAGUCCAAAUCUGUACCUCAUAUAAAGAACUCUUUCUGGGAGAGAGCUAAGCUUUCUCAUAAGCAGUAUCUGGAUGUUCUGUCAACGCCACAUCUUCUGAGCCAUGGAGACGACGAUAUCAAGAAGUUCAAAUCGAAAACAACAUCGAACAUUUGCUCUCCGCGGCUUCUCCAAAUGUCCUGUCCCACGAAACGCAGGAUCCUGUCAACAUGGCAGGACUACGGGGACCAUCUUCCCACAGAAACCCUACAAAGGUUCCACGACAUGCUUCAUACCGAUCAGAACAUUGACCUGAAGGACGCCAGGAAGUACUUCAAAAUGCGCGACCGCCAAAGGAAGAAACUGGCGAAGAAGAGGAGAAUGAAAAGGAGGAAGAAGAAAUCUUUGCAUCACGCCUAUUGGCUGAGACAUCAAAUAGAAGAAACCAGUACAGCCAUCAUGAAUUUUUUCUCCGGUGAACCAAAGUUGGAAUUGAGCUACAAACAAUUACUGAUCUCUGAUGCUCUUCUGGUAUUGCUGGCGAAGGUUUUGAAGAAGAACAAUCCGAUACUGAGGUUCAGUCGUAGCGUGUUCAAUAGGCAAUUGGUGAGGAUGGUGGAUAAGAUGGCUGUUUGGAUAGACAGCGUUUCGAAGAUUGUGGAGAUACAGAGUAUAGAAGAGGACGAAGAAGAGCAAGCCGCCGCGCAGUUGUCUGAAAGAGGAUCCUCCCUUGGUUCUUCCAUAACCAUGGGCAGUGCCGGUUCGGGAUUAGAGCCUGGUGCCGGUGAAUUAGAUGAGGGAGAAGGUGAAGAAAUGGAAGGAGAAGUUUGGCCUGUGACCAGCUUCGAUAGGCUGAUCCAGAUCCUCGCCCAUGCUUCUCCAAGUUAUCUCGGUGGAGCUGUAGAGGAUCUCGAAAAUCUAACGCGAAACGAGCUCCUCAAUAAAAUAAAGGUGUUGAACAAGGAUUACAGUGGCGCAGACACACCUGGGGAGAUACUGAAGAAGAUUCUGAUGGAGUGGGCUAUGCACAAUUCGCCUAGUCAGGUCGAUGUGCGAGUUAUGAAGAAAAUUGAGGAUGUCUCCGAAUUAUUGGCCGCCAUGUUGGCAGCCGAGGACGUGUAUGGAAUGAUGGGCACCUUACCCAUACAAGAAGGUCCUGGAAGUGUUAAAGGAAGUGCCGCAAUAGGUGCUUCCGAUAUAAUGUCUGCUAUGGAAUUCGGGGAGGAUGGUGAACCUUUACCAGGCACGGUAACAGAAGUCAUUGCUCCAGACGGUUCGGUGCAAUUGGGAGUUGUGGACGAUAACGGCGAAGUCCUUCCUGUCCAGAUGACCCCAAGCGGCAACCUGAUACCGACGGUCUACGACAAGAACGGGAAAGUGGUGAACCAGCUGUUCGACGAGGACGGUAAGCUCCUGGAAGUGACCUUCAACAGAUACGGAGUGCCGGAGCCGGACACCUACAACGGACCAUUGUUCGACGACGUGAAAUACGCCCACGAGCUCAUCUACAACGAGAAGGGAAGGAUAAUCCCGCAGUGCUAUGACAAGGACGGCAACCCCAUCGGUGCAGCUUACGAUGAGAACGGGAAUCCGAUAAUGUUCGGUCCGGAUGGACAACCUUUGUCUGUACCGCCAGGAGCUACGACCAAAAUGGUUAAUGGUAAGUUAGUUAUUGUUGGUCCAGAUGGAGAAGAAAUCGGCGCCGAAGAGGAGGGAACCAUCGCCGAAGGAGGGGAACAAAUUGAAGACGUUGAAAAAGAACUGGAAAGUCGAGGUGAAGUAGGAGAAGAUGAAAUGGGCAUGGAGGGAGAAAACUUGGAGGAGGUGGAAGAAGAAGAAGAGGAGGAAGGUGAAACAACUGAGACGGAAGAAGAGGAGAAGAAAUCGGGAGAGGAAGGAGAAGAAGAAGAAGAAGAAACCUCAGCGGCGGGUAGCAGGGAGUCCAUGAUAACGGUCAUCAAGGGUCACAAGCCGAAGAAGAUCUACGAGCAUUCCAACGACACCGUGUGCUGCCUGUCGCUGAAGAUAUGGGCGGUCUGGUUGCUCGAGAUCACGCACAACGCGCACAACUGGACCAAAUGGGUGAGCAACAUCAUCGGGCAGAUCCGGGAGUUCGCCGCCAUCCUUAGGGGCGAGGUGUUGCUGCCUAACGGGCAGAAGAAGGUGCUGUUCAAGGACGACUGGAACAAGUUCGUGGACGGCAUGAACGACGACGUCAUCGCCUGGAGACAGUACUGCAGGCACGUGAACGAUCUCACCAACAACAUCGUGCAGAAGUUCCACGGCAAGAAGGUUCACUGUUGCGAGAAAUGCCUGCAGGAUCAUCUGAUCAAGAACGUUGUGACGGCGCACGACACCAUGAGAUCUCUGACGGAGGCGCUGAACUGCGCAGGCUACUGGCAAAGAUGUCUCGAUGAAAUCGUUCGAGCAACCACGAAACUGACGGAAAUCAAGCCAAGUACAGCAGAAUUUUCUAGUGACGAGGAAACAGGUUGGUCAUACAGCUCAUCGUCAGAUGAGGGUAAAGACAGCCGAUACUGUUACACGAAGAGAAGAAAAUUGACACCUUCGCCAACUUGGAAGAAAAUAAGAGAUACCCCUUGCAGUUGUCCAUGUAAAUUGAAACAGUUAUUUCCAAAAGAACAUCAUAAAUCAAGUGAUGAACCUUGUGGAUGUGUGGAUACAAGUAAACUUCAUGAUCCUCGAGUUAGUUGUCGGUGAACGAACACAUACAUUUGUUUUUUAAGGAUCAAAUAAAUGUUUAUAAUGUUA